AUGAAUUACGAGGUACGAGAGGACGUUUCUACUAUGCUGACAGCGAUUUCACCAAUUCAACCAACACCAAUCGCGCUUCCUGUUGAACAAGACGGAUCCGGUCAUCGAGAAACUAUUAUUCCCUUGUCACCUACUACACCCCAAGAAGAUUCAGCAGGGUUUAGUGGUACAGCAGGUGGACUUAGCGAUAAUGGUACUUUUGUUACGCCUCAAGCGGCCAGCCCUAGUGUAAUUCUUGCAGUUGAAAAAAAACGAGUUGAAAGGGAUGAAAUGGGAAUGGUUAGAAAAAGAACGUACGAUUGUGAACACGGAGGACGAUAUACUCCAAAAAAAAAAGCAGCAGUACAUGAGCAACGCAAUCGAACGUCUAAACGUAUUGAAUGCGGAUGGCAUAUCAACCUUUCUUUUCCAAAGACAAGUACAUGCAUAACUGUUACUACAUUUGUGAACGAGCAUAAUCAUGAACUUAAUAUUCAACAAACGCGAGAAGCUAGACCAUCAGCACAACCAUCAACAACUCAAGCGAUUUCAUCACCUAGAUAUCGCAGUGUGUUGGAAGCAGCAUCACCAAAGAAUCGAAAUUUACCGAAAGCAGUCCUUGAUGAUAUUGAAUUUUAUACGCUUCAUGGUAAUUUGGGAGUUACCACUCAACGACAAUUAUUGAAAGCGAAGUAUCCGAAUCAUCAACUUCCGGCACGUGACAUUGCUAGCGCAGUGCAAAAAUUUAAAGGAGGGACUGAUUUAAAAGGAUUAGAUAAUGACGCUGCAAAACUUUGGAUCUGGGAAUUGGCGCGAAGAGCAACACAAAUCGCGGUUGAUCAGCAAGAUAACAGUUUGGAGGAACUUCUACGACGUUACAUCAGAGACAAGGAAGAUCGUAUUGGGAGGCAAACAUCUCAAACAACUCAACAAUAA